AUGUGGGGUUAUCGAGUUAUUGUACAAAAAAUAUUACAAUCUUCCACAUUGAAAGAACUCCACAGUAGCCAUUUCGGAGUUAAUAAAUGCAAAUCUUUGGCAAGAUCUUACGUUUGGUGGCCUACCAUCGAUGACGAGAUAGAAGAUUUAUGCAGAAACUGCGCAGCAUGCAACUCUGUUCGUCCACUACCUCAAAAAACCGAACUACACAUCUGGAAAUGGCCUCAAAAUUCGUGGGAACGUAUUCAUCUAGAUUUUUUAGGUCCAUUUAAAGGUAGUAAAUAUUUGGUAAUUACUGAUGCACAUACUAAGUGGCUCGAAGUUUUAAAAAUGAAUUUGACGACUGCAGAAAAAACCAUCGAGGCACUUAGAUCCAUAUUUGCUAGAUUUGGAUUACCUAAAUUUGUUUGUAGUGAUAAUGGCCCGCCAUUUAAUUCCGUCGAACUUCAUAAUUAUUUUCAUUGUAAUGGAAUUACUCAUAUUUUAACUGCACCAUAUCAUCCAAGUAGCAAUGGCCAAGCAGAAAAUUCUGUUAAAUUAGUUAAGCAAUAUUUCAAAAAAUGUUUACACGAAAACAAAAGUUACGAUUUCGGAUUACAAAAAUUUCUUUUCGAUUAUAGAAAUUCGUUACACUCAACCACAAACAAGUCACCUGCAGAAUUAAUGUUUGGUCGUCGCUUGCGUACUCGUUUAGAUUUAGUGAGGCCUUACACGGCAGAUAUUGUACAGAGCAAUCAACAACGGCAAAUUCGUAAUUAUGGAGGUAAAGAUAAGAGGGUAGAAAUUGGAGAUAAUGUACUUUUUAGAGAUUUUUCUAAUCCUUUAAAACCAUCCUGGCAGGAAGGUACAAUAGAAACGCAAAAAGGGAGUUCAGUUUUUGAAGUUGCUUCACAAUCGAAAGAAAAUUUUAAAAGACAUAUUGAUCAAAUCAUCCCUUUAAAGAUUCGUGAUUCAUUGGCCCUUCCUGAACCAGAAACUGAACAUUCGUCUUCUAGUAACCUGACUGACAUAAAUCAAACACCCUGUGUUGCUGAAAGCUCGGUUACGGAAGGUAAACGAUAUUAUUUAAGACCUAGGAAAUAA